AUGUCUUGGACCGCCUAUGCAGCCAACAUGGACGCCAAAACGCAAGAUGACACCGACAAAGAAAACGCAGCUCCAGCAGGAUAUGAUGCGCACUACCCACCUCUUCCACUCAACUCAAAAGGCAACAUCGUCAUGAAGCACCCUUACAGCAACGCUUCUGAUCGUGGCAAGCCCUCCGCCAAAUCUAAAACUUCACGCAGGCGACGUAAUGUCGAAGUGUUGACAGAAACGCCGCCUAGGCCUUCGCGCUCCUCCCAGAUAUCCAAGAUCUUUGCCCGCGAAGCGAAUCCCAAAGGGUUGGUGGCAUCCUCACCACUCCACUCACCAACAGGUAUACCCGACGAGGCUAUGCGCGUGUAUGAGCACUUCAGUCAGGCUAUGCGAAACGCAGCGCCAAAGACAUCGAAGCAGGCAACGACCCCGAAGAGCAAAGGCAAAGGGAAGCGCAAGACUAGCAGCGGUCAGAGGACUCCUCGCAGUCUACGGAAGCCAGACUCUAAGCGAUCCGUGCCUCCACCCUCGCCAGCAUCUUCACCCGCAGACAGCGACCGCGUUGCAGGACUUCAACGUGUAGACUCUGGGUGUGACCUUCGAAGUCUCUCCGCGGCGGAACUGGCAGAACACUGGCCAGCGAUAACAUCGGCGCCUCGAUCAGACUCACCACCUCCAGUGACAUCGAAGCAUAUUCCAGAUCCCGACUCUUCGCCGAUCGCUAAACCACGAAACGAGCCAGCUCCGGGGCGCGAGGAGUCUGUUUAUCCAGACCUCCAGGAUGUUAUUCAAGAGCAAAUCCAGAUCGACCAAGCUCGCGCUCACAACAACACUCUGGAUGCCGGUGACAGACUGCGCCGUCUUGGACACCUACAUUCCCACUUGCAGACCCCCCAUUAUCCAACACCGUGGAUGCCAGCUCCUCGUCAUCAGAUCAGCGUUGGAAAUUCCGACCCAACCCAAUCGAACCUAACAUCCGCGUCAUUUCCACACAGCAUCGACCGCCUCACUCUGAUCAACCGCAAGCUAGCACGAACAGACCUCUCCCCUCAGCACCGCGGUGACCGCAUCAGCUUCCUAGCCGAGUCCGACCAACCCAUCAACGAGUUCGAACUAGCAAUCGCCAGUUCCUUCUCGUCAACAUCACCCGGCUUGGCCGAGCGCAGGAAGACGCUGAAUAUCAAAGUCACAGACCCAUCGCCCCCAAGACGCGUGGCCACGAUGCCUAUCGCUACUACCGUUCCAGUCGUGCCAGUAGCACCGCAAGUUCCAGAUGACGAUGACGACUCCUCAACCGACAGCUGGACCGGCGACGAAGUCUUCUUCCCUCGCCCAGCAGCACCCCAACCCGUUCCGCCACCUCCAGCUUCACAACGCUCCAUCAGACCACCCUUCACACGCGCCGAGACUGAGAGCACGAUUUGGCAGAACCGCCGACCACCACCGCCUCCACUGUUAUCGCCAAUGAGGGCUGUGCGCUCUUCCCGCUUUCACGUCCCGGAGAUACGAGGUCGCGUGUGCGGCCCUCCUCGCGAUGUUCCUUACGCCGGUAGACCUCUGCAUCGUGAAGUCGGACCGGCUUUUCCUGGCGAGCUGGAGUGUGGUGUGCCGUUGAGUAUGGAGGAGCAUCCGUCGAGUGCGGGGAGUGAUGCUGAUGGGGAGGAUGAUAGUGAUGGCGAGGAGUAA